AGCUUCCACCCUCCAUCUGAACUCCUCUUCAGAUAGCAGAUAUUGACAGUGAUUUUCUGAGUAGCACUGCAGAUAUGAGGGUGGCUAUUGCUGUCUUGUGUCUGAUGUGGCUGUGCUUGUGUGAGAGCCGCACGCUGGAUCGCUGUGAUGUUGUCCGUAUCUUCAAGCAAGAGGGACUUGAUGGCUUUGAGGGAUUCUCAAUUGGCAACUAUGUGUGCACGGCCUACUGGGAAAGCAGGUUUAAGACCGAAAGAGUGCGUUCGGCUGAUACCGGGAAAGACUAUGGAAUCUUCCAGAUAAACAGUUUUAAAUGGUGCGAUGACGGCACUCCAGGUGGAAAGAACACGUGCAGAAUACCCUGUUCAGAUUUGCUUAAGGAUGACCUGAAAGCUUCAAUUGAAUGUGCAAAGCUCAUUGUGAAAACCGAAGGACUAAAAUCAUGGGACAGCUGGGAUAGUUACUGUAAUGGGCGCAAUAUGUCACGCUGGGUGAAAGGUUGUGAGUAGCGCUAAUAAGGCCUUGAUUGCCUGCAGGAGCUUUAAUUAGCUAUAAUGCCCUCAGAUUAUGUGCUAAUGCAUUUAAACUCUUGGUUGAUAUGACUUUUAAAAACUAAAAGAUAUUGUCAUUAUUAACAUUUGUAACCUUGAUCUUGAGAUGUCAAUUAAAAAUCCUUCCCAAAUUGUUAAUAAUUUGUGCUUUGCAGUGCUUUACAAUCUCACUUUUGGCUAAAGCUUAUGCAGCAGCAAAUUGUGACAGGUAGUUUGUUUGAUACUAGAUAGUAGCGGUGGGCUUUUAUUUAAAUUGCUUUUAUUAAAAAUGGAAUAAUCUGUAAUUGAAAACCCAUAUUGAUUGAAGAGUACUCUGAAUAUUGGACACGUCUCCCUCAAUGUCUACGCUGAUUUAUGUAUCCUACAUCCAAUUU